UGCAAGGAACAGGGUGGAAAUUAGCAGACAGACUGUCAGUACUUUCAGCACCAGGCUGUGACCCAGGGGACAGGCCCCAACUCAGACCCUUGCCAUGCUUACCACCAUUGUCUCCCUCAUGGCCAACAUCUGGGCAGUGCUUCAUCCCAUGACUCUGCUGCUGGCUUCUGUCACCUUCCUGAUCCUGGCUGACUAUCUCAAAAGUCGACGCCCCAAGAACUACCCUCCAGGGCCCUGGCGCCUGCCCUUUGUGGGCAACUUGUUCCAGUUUGACUUAGAUGUCGCACAUCUGCAUCUGGGGAUUCAACAGUUUGUGAAGAAGUAUGGAAACCUAAUUAGCCUGGAUUUUGGUAACAUCCCCUCAGUAGUCAUAACUGGAAUGCCCUUAAUCAAAGAAGUUUUAACUCACAUGGAACAAAACUUUUUGAAACGCCCCAUGAUGCCUCUCAGAGAACGAGUCUUUAAUAACACUGGAUUGCUCAUGUCCAGUGGCCAGACAUGGAAGGAGCAAAGAAGGUUCGCACUAAUGACAUUCAAGAACUUUGGAUUGGGGAAGAAGAGUUUAGAACAGCGCAUACAGGAGGAGGCCCUCCACCUUGCAGAUGCCAUAGGAGAGGAGGAAGGACAUCCUUUUGACCCUCACCUCAAGAUCACCAAUGGAGUUUCCAAUGUCAUUUGCUCCAUCACCUUUGGGAAACGCUUUGAGUAUAAUGAUGGUCAGUUUCAGGAGCUGCUGAGGUUAUCAAAUGAGGUCAUAUACUUGGAAGCAUCAAUGAUGUGUGUGCUCUACAAUGUCUUCCCAUCCAUAAUGAAAUAUCUUCCUGGAUCACAUCAAACAGUUUUCAGAAAGUGGGAAAAGCUGAAAUUGUUUGUUUCCCAAAUAAUGGACAGUCACCGGAAAGAUUGGAAUCCUGAAGAGCCAAGAGACUUCAUUGACGCUUUCUUUACAGAAAUGGCAAAGUACCCAGACAAGACGACUACAAGUUUCAAUGAAGAAAACCUCAUCUGCAGCACUCUGGACCUCUUCUUUGCUGGAACAGAGACAACAUCAGCGACACUGCGCUGGGCUCUCCUCUAUAUGACUGUACACCAAGAAGUGCAAGAAAAAGUACACGCUGAGAUUGACAGAGUGAUUGGCCAUGGGAGGCAGCCAGGCACAGCUGACCGAGAGUCCAUGCCCUACACCAAUGCUGUCAUCCAUGAGGUGCAGAGGAUGGGCAACAUCAUCCCCCUGAAUGCUCCCAGGGAAGUAACAGCUGAUAGCACACUUGCUGGAUUCCACCUGCCCAAGGGGACCAUGAUCCUGACCAAUUUGACUGCUCUGCACAGGGACCCCAAAGAGUGGGCCACUCCAGACACCUUCAAUCCAGAGCACUUUUUGGAGAAUGGACAGUUUAAGAAGAGAGAAUCUUUUCUGCCGUUCUCAAUAGGAAAGAGAGCUUGCCUGGGAGAACAAUUGGCUAGGUAUGAGCUAUUCAUUUUCUUCACUGCUCUCAUGCAAAAGUUUACCUUCAAGCCUCCAGUCAAUGAGAAGCUGAGCCUGAAGUUCAGAAUGAGCCUCACCCUUUCCCCUGUCAGCUACCGCAUCUGUGCGGUCCCUAGGCUGUGAUGCUGGAGAAGGAAAAAGAAGAGUACAGGUAGAAAUGGUGUAUGCCCUGACGCUGCUGGACCUUGCUCACAUGAGAGGAGAACAAUGUCAGAGAAUGAAGGUAAUUCAAGAAAUAUUCAAGGAAUUGGACUAAAAACGUGAAUCAAAUUACUGGACUGUUGAUCCCUAAUUUGGUGGUGGGCAAAUCAUUUAUGAGCUCAAUGGCAUGUCUUUUUAUAUAAAAGUUGCAAGGAGAAUGAUGACUCCUCCCUUAAAGACAAUUCAUUGAAAAUGAAUUAAUGAAUUAAAAAUGCUAAGUGCAUCAUAAUUCACAUCUCAAGAUGUGUGCCUUCA